AUGCAAGCGCUCCAUCUCCCACUUGGCCUCAUCAAGCAUCCGGAUCGAUACGCCCGAAUCGGAAGCUCUGUUGGAAAUCCAGUUCUUUCAUUUCUCAGAAAAGACAGAUUAAGAAGUUUCUCGACAAGUCCAAUCAACGCGUCACCCUACUUCGACAGCCAUCAAUUCGUCAGUAGGUUGGAAAAUGAAGGCUUAUCUCGCGAACAAUCGGAAGGCUUGAUGAUCGCAAUCGAACAAGUUAUCGAUGAAUCUAUGAAAAACUUGAUCACUGGAUUGGUCACUCGAAGUGAAAUAGAGAAGCAACAAUACACCCAACGCGUUGAUUUCGCUAAACUGAAAUCCGAAAUCCAAUUAGUCGAAAAACAGGACUUUGCGUUAUUGAAAUCGGAGAACGAAAGAUUGAUCAGUGAACUAGAAAAGCUCAAGCAACGCUUACGGGAAGAAAUCACUCGGACUCAAGCUUCAGUUCGACUGGAUUUGAAUCUGGAAAAGGGACGGAUUCGAGAUGAAUUAGGCGUCCGAGAACUGAAGAUCAGAGAAGUAGACACACGAAUCGAAGGCGAGAUCGGUAACCUUCGUACUACAAUGGAAAGCGUGAAAUUUAACAUAUUGCAGUAUGUCGUGGGGACCGUCGCUUCCGGGGGCGCUUUGCUACUGGCUUACAUUCGCAUGUUUCGAUAG